CAAGGAACAUUCUGCCUACCCAUCCCUCCCAGCACCACGCUCCUGGGUGACUUGUUCGAGAUACGCUGUUAGAAGCCCAGUGCAAGACCUGCUUCAGAAAAAACAAGCUCCGGAUCGAGCUUGCAUUAUGAAUAGGAUUUGAUCAUCUCGGCCCCGUGGAACUCAGCCCUUCGCCUCAUCCCUUCCGACAUGGCAGGCAACGGAAUCAAAUACACCCCUCCUCCUUCGCCGCCUUCCCCGACGGCGUCGUACUACGACGUCAGUGACGACGAGGAGGAUGAGUAUAACACGAUAUCUCAUUCCACCUCGCGCAGAGGAGUUAAGCUUCUAUUCUCUAAAAGCAAGGUCUACGUUCAUCCAACUCCUUCCUCGAAAGAUAACAUCCCCGGAUUCAUCGCCCUCAUCCAACAAAAGCCCCUCCCUCCUUUCACAAAUACCGCUUCCAGCAACUCUCCGUCAGACCUCUCCUCCUACCUCCUAGCCUGGGUCCCCGAAUCUUCCCUGGGGGAUGCCUACAGCACCUAUGUCAAGGUUGAUCUAUCAGACGAUUCCUCCCCUCCGCGGCAGAAGUAUCUAGUGCCUGCUCUUCCGACAACAACCACAUUCAAGGACCCCAUAGGACUGUACGCAUUUGCUGUGCCCCUAUCUGAGAUCUAUUCACUUCUUGUGCGACCUCCGAGUCUGGGCUGGUGGUUCGGGAGUCUUGUGAUCAACACGCGCGCUGGUGAUAGCUUCCCCGCGCUGUUUUUCCAUGACACUGAAUGCGAGUCGACGAUACUGCAGAAAAAGAAGAGAACCAGGGAGAGCUUUGACCCGUUCGGUGAAGACGGGAGUGUCUUCUGGGGAGGCGAUGAGGUUUUGCGAUGGCUUCGGAAGUAUGCGGAAGUCCAGCGCUCCGCCGUGGACAACAGUGUUUAUCUGAUCAAUCCGUCUGAGGAAGAUCGCAUAUCGUUUGGACGACCUUUAACUGCAGAUGGCUCGGUGGCGAAGGCUCAGGAUCAACCUGCACUGGCGAGCGGAAGCGGACAACGGGAUGCUGGGAUGGAUCCUUUUGUGAAAGCGCUCAAGGAGACAAGGUGGAAAGUCCUUGAGCAGCUGAGCAAGAUUACUACGUUCACUAGGCGCACGGCUAAUGAGUUAGCCGACAAUCCCCGGAUCCCUCCGCAAGUUCGUCGCCUGAUGAGGACCCCGGAAAUCCAAACUUUACAAGAUGAGUUUGAUAGCGCUAGGUUGUACUUGGCCCGAUGGGCUAUGAGCAUCUCCGAGCAGAGUGAACGCGAAAGGAACCAGCGGAUAUGGACCGCACGGGAUGUUCUUAGCAUGGAGGAUAGCUCUGUCGGGGAGUUUGAGAUCCUUGAGCUCGAGACGGGAACUAUGUCCAUUCAGGAACGCCGCAAGACAGUCACCUUGAAGGAGUGGGAGGGCUUUUUUGACCCAACUACCGGACGAAUGCAUUUAACCGUUGAAGAAGUCAAGGAAAGGAUAUUCCAUGGGGGUCUAGAUCCCAAUGACGGAGUCAGAAAAGAAGCAUGGCUCUUCCUCCUUGGGGUGUAUCCGUGGGAUAGCAGUCAUGAGGAACGGCAAGCGCUGAUGAACUCAAAACGUGAUGAGUACAUCCGGUUGAAAGGUGCCUGGUGGGAGAAAAUGAUCGAAGGCACUUCUACGACGGAAGAGUUUGACUGGUGGAAAGAGCAGAGAAACAGAAUAGAGAAAGAUGUCCAUCGUACAGACCGCACGAUACCCCUGUUUGCCGGAGAAGAUAUUCCCCACCCAGACCCGGAUUCGCCUUUUGCAGACACAGGAACGAACGUGCAUCUUGAACAAAUGAAAGAUAUGCUUCUUACGUAUAACGAAUACAAUCCUGACCUGGGCUAUGUUCAAGGCAUGAGCGAUCUCCUGGCUCCAAUUUACGCCGUAAUGCAGGACGAUGCAGUUGCCUUCUGGGCGUUCGUUGGCUUCAUGGACAGAAUGGAACGGAACUUCCUUCGUGACCAAUCCGGCAUGCGUUUGCAGCUACUCACCCUGGACCAUCUUGUGCAGCUCAUGGAUCCCCAGCUCUACCUCCAUCUCCAGUCCGCUGACAGCACGAACUUUUUCUUCUUCUUCCGAAUGCUCCUAGUCUGGUACAAGCGCGAGUUCGAAUGGGUCGACGUCCUGCGUCUCUGGGAAACGCUCUGGACCGAUUACCUUUCUAGCAGCUUCCAUCUUUUCAUCGCACUUGCCAUCCUUGAAAAGCAUCGGGAUGUCAUUAUGGACCAUCUGAAGCAGUUUGACGAGGUUCUAAAAUACAUCAACGAGCUCUCCAACACAAUGGAACUCGUCCCGAUCCUCACCCGCGCGGAGUCGCUAUUCCACCGUUUCGAGCGGGCCGUCCAGGCUAUCGACAAGAAGAACAAUUUCCCUGCACCCGCAGCCCACCAACGCAAGCCUACCCAGGACUCCUCCGCAAGCCCAAACAAAGGCAAAUCGCCCCAACGACCGCAAAGCACCGCCUUCAGCAGCGGCGUCAGCGCUGGCCCCAGUACCGCGCCAGGCGAUGACGGAGAGACCAAGGUCAUUUCUCCGGAACUAAGAGAACUAUUCCAGAAGAACGUUCCAUGGGCACGAAAACCAGCUCCUAAACCGCAGGAGUCAUCUGCAGAAGGAGAGACCUCGUAGAGACUGCUUUGACUUUUUUUUUUUCUUUUUG